CUAAUUCCCAAUUCACCUUCCUUUUUAGGAAAAGUAAGGAAAUGCCAUGCAGUUACAGCCUUCUUCCUUCCAUCAGGGCCAACUCCCCAUAGCUGUAAAUUACUACAUAGCUUCUCAAUCUCCUUUAUAACUCUCUUGGGAAGAAUGAACACUGCCAUCCGGAAUUGGGUCAAGCUAGCUAAAACAGACAAAGUAAGUUGUAAUCUGCCUGCAUAGCUGAGAAAUUUAGAUUUCCAACUUUGUAUUCUACUUUUUAUCUUGUCAAGCAAAGGUUUGUAAGCUGCAAUUGAUAGUUUGCCAGGAAUAAGAGGUAAUCCCAAGUAUCUAAUAGGGAGUGAACCUAGUUUAUAACCUGCUCGCUGAGCCAUCUGUUUCUGCCACUCAACAGGGACCCCCCCACAGAAUAAUUCACACUUCUCAGGGUUUGAUUUCAAUCCAGACAUCCUUCUAAACUCCCCCCAAAACUCUCUAAUUACACUGAAUCCCGUAAUUAGAACCAUCCGAAAAAAGUAGAAGGUCAUCUGCAAACGUCAAGUGAGAGAGCCCUAGCCUUUUACAUAUAAGAUGGAAUGACAUUUGACCUUUCCUGACUGCCUUUCCCAUUAAACAAUAAAAAAUUUCCAUAGAGAUAGCAAAAAAUUUCCAUAGACAUCCUUCUAAAAAUUUCCUGAUCCCCCUGUCUCAAACUUUUCUUUAGUUUUGGGGUUGUCACACACAUCACUAUCCAAUUCACAAACAUUACUGGAAAGUUCAUUGCCUUCAUUACAGUAAUCAGAAAAUCCCAGUCAACCGAGUCAAAAGUCUUCAUAAUGUCCACUUUCACAAUGCUACGAGAUGAAAUAUUAGAUCUAUUAUACUUUGCACCAAUUCAUGAGCAAGCAGAAUGUUCUCACCAAUAACCCGACCCUUGAUAAAUGCGGUUUGGUUAUGGCUAAUUAAGGUAGGCAAUACUGAACUUAGCCUAGUUGCUAGAACUUUUGCAACACGCUUGUAUAAGGUGUUAUUACAGGAAAUUGGUCUAAAAUAUUUUAUCUUUUAUGAACUCUGAGUUUUAGGUAUCAAUCCUUUUUGAAUGAUGGUGUAUGCAAUUUUUUUUUUGUUAAUGGUUAAUUUAAUCUAAAGUUGAUAUAGUUUCAUAAGAAUUUUAUUUUCAAAAGUCUUACAACUUGGAAGAGUUGUUUGUGAACAUAAACUCAUUUCAAUGAAUAGCAACUUCUUGUUAAGUGAUUAUCGACUGAGAAUUUGUGAUCUUGCGGCUUGCGCACUUUGUAACGUCCGCGAACCAAACCGCCUGUAAUAAGGUCACCAUAUCAAAGCGGGCCCAACCCAACUCCACCCGCUCCGCCGCGAGGACACCGACGUUAACCGAAUCAAAACUCCCGGGCAAAUUCUCGGCGCAAAACCACUAGGGGGCAGCUAGCCAUGAACGCGAUCUUCAAUCUCCAAAGGGAAACAAACAAAUUAUGGCCGAAGCGAAAACCCACAACUCAAUCUCUUCUCAGGUCUCCCUUCUUUAUCCUCGCGAUCUCUCUUCUCACUCUCUUCCUCCUCCUAUUCCUCUCAAUUUCCACCUUCCAAACAUCCAAAUCGCUCUUCUCAACGCAAACCCUAAAUACCCAGAAACCUCAAUGCGGAAAAUUCCAUGCUUCAUCCCGGGAAGGAGAGAAGUUUCUCUGGUACGCACCCCACAGUGGAUUCAGCAACCAGCUGUCGGAGCUCAAGAACGCGGCGGUGAUGGCGAGGAUUCUGAAUCGAACUCUGGUCGUCCCUCCGAUCCUCGAUCACCACGCUGUGGUCCUCGGAAGCUGCCCGAAAUUCCGGGUUACGGCGCCUAACGAGAUUAGAGCUUCGGUUUGGAAUCACGCCGUUGAAUUGAUGAAGAGUGGAAGGUAUGUAUCGAUGACUGACAUUAUCGAUAUCUCGCCACUAGCAUCUGCUUUGCUUCGUGCAAUCGAUUUCAGGGUCUUUGCAGCCUCAUUCUGUGGUGUAGAUGUGGAUUCCACUUGUGCAAAUUAUCUAAAACCAGGGUCGUCUUCAUCGUUUGAUAUCCUUAGGGAGUGUGGAAAUGUGCAAUCAGGGAUUGAAGGUAACAUAGGUGGGUGUUUGUAUGCAGUAAAGGAGGACUGCAGAACGACUGUAUGGACUUACGAGAAUGGUGAUGAUGGAGAGUUAGAUUCAUUUCAACCCGAUGAACAACUCAAGAAGAAGAAGAGGAUUUCGUAUGUAAGGAAACGUCGAGAUGUGCAUAAGACCUUUGGACCAGGAUCUGAAGCUGGCUCAGCCAUCGUUCUUGCAUUCGGAUCCCUUUUCUCCGCUCCAUACAAAGGCUCCGAGUCCUAUAUUGAUAUUCAGAAAGUAAAGAACAGUGAAUUCCUCCCCUUUGUCCCUGAAAUAUUGAAUGCGGGGAAGAAGUUCGCUUCGGGGAGGAUAAAAGAUCCUUUCCUUUGUGCACAGCUCAGAUUGUUAGAUGGGCAGUUUAAGAACCACUGGAAGGCUACAUUUCAGGGUCUGAGACAAAAGCUUGGAUCUUUGAACCAGGGGGAUGAUCAGCCAGUCAACAUUUUCGUGAUGACAGAUCUUCCUCGGGGUGACUGGAGCGGAACUUAUCUGGGCGAGCUAGCUAGCAUUGAGAAGCGGUUUAAGUUGCAUUUUCUUAGGGAAGAAGAUAGAUUGGUUGCUGAAACAGCAAGACAAUUAGGAAAGAGAGGAAGUAGAGGGAAUCUACAUUGUCCUCAUCAGAAAUCGCCGGAUGUUCUCUUGUACAUAGAAGAAAGCGUCUGUAGCUGUGCAUCCCUCGGUUUUGUUGGUACAGCUGGAUCGACGAUUGCUGAGAGCAUAGAGCUAAUGCGGAAGUCAGACGUCUGUUCCAUUCUUAAUCGGACUGCAAGAUGACACUCGGUCCUGGGAUACAAACAAAGUUGGGUGUGCCUCCAAAGUAGAAGCAAGCAACUACUUGUGAGUCAGAGCUCCUGCCACUGUAAAAUGCCGGAACCAUACUUAAUGGGAAGGUAUUGUUUAGUGAUGCUCCAAUCUACCAGAUGAAGGAAUUGCUCUGGUACCAAAUGCCAAUGCUCGGGUGUCUCGUCGCGGUGCACGGAAAUGUAAGCUUUCAACUUUUAACCAUGGAGCUUUUACUAACCAAAAGUUAUUUAAACGAUCACUAACCAAGUAACUGCAUGAUUCUUUUUGUCCUUCUUUCCAUUAAUCCACCUCUCCAAUCUUUCGACAUUUUUGUUCCCUGAGUACUUGUUCUAAGAACACUCAGCUUGAACUCUGGUUUUCUUUGUAAGGUGUUUCCAGUGAAACUCUGUUGGUGUUCGAAUGGGUACAGCGGACUCUCUUGAGAACGACGGCCAUCUUGCCAUGAUUUGGACCUUUAUAAAUAUUGUUCGAAUAAGGAAAAAAAGAAGAGAAACGGCAGCCACGUUUCACAUGUUACCAGAGCUAGUUUCAUUUUGCCCGUUUCGUUCACAUGUUUCACAUGAAACAAGGAAAAAAAGAAGAAAAACACGGUGCCUUUUGCUUCUACCAGCCAAAAUUUAUCAAACAUAAUCAUGUAGAGAACUUGCCGGCCAGUGGGUAUCAUGCCGAAUGAGUAAGCAUAAGCAUCAUAUGCUUUAAUGCUUAUGCUUUUUGCAAUUUUAUUUGAUUGUUUUUAACGGGUACCCGACCCGACCUAACCCAAUCCGGUCAAUGCGGAUAAAACACGUGUUGACGGAUUUCGGGUUUAAACCCGUUGCACUGUUCACCUGGUUGGGUUGGAUUUGGAUUUAGUGAUACCUGAUCUAUGAAUACCCGCUCACACUUAUUCCGUCGCCCUACUCUCCCCAACCCUACCAUAAUUCUAAUUUUUCCCAAUCUAACUCUCACGACACUCACUAUUCACCUGCCGCCUCCACAGUCCCCACUCUACUCUCUCCCCCAAAACCCCAUCUCCUUCCCGAUCCGACUUAUUUCUUACUAUCAAGGUAUUAUUACCUUUUUCCCAACAGAAGUGGGAGGGAUAAAUUAAUAAUUGAAGUUGAACAUGUUUGUUGAUUUGCUGUUCUCUCGCAACCAAAAAGGGAAUGAACGAAAAAUAAAGAAUUGUGUGCUUUUAUUUAGUGUAAUUGUGAUUUGUUUGAAUUUUCUAGAUUGGUGUUUUAUGUAUGGAUAAUUUGUAUGGAAAAAUUGAUGUUUGAAUUUUAUUUUGAUAGGAACUUGUUAGAUUUUCUAUCACAUAACUCUCAUUCACCUGUGUAAUAUAGUUUGGGUCGGUUUUCAUGGAUGGGUCGGGUUGGGUGGUCAGGUGGGUCGGGUUUCACGCCCAUUUGUUCACCCCUGCAUCCUCACAGUUAGGAAAGAAAAAAAUAGGUCUCGAUGAGCUGCAGGCAUAAGUCGAAAAUAAUGGGAUAUUCGAAGAUCUUUCCUAUCCUAGUUGUAAUAUUGACUUAGGUUCAAAUAUGAAUAAUUUCAAGAAAUGGAUUUAGAAGGAGCACAAUAUAAUGUUGGAAUUGCGCACAAUAGCUCUACUACAAUCAGUAACAUUUAACCUUCAAUGUUAUUUGGUAACAUUUAUGAGUUGAGUAAUUAUUGUUAAGCCUCUUAUUCUUGUAUGUUUUUUUAAUAAAAUUUGAUAAUGAAAUGGCGUCCUUGUAUACUUGCGUUAGAUUGAGUUGAUUAUUAAUUGAUAUCUAUGUUAAAUUUUUUUUUAUUCAAUGAUCACUUUUUAAAAAAGAACACAUAGAAAAAAUCAACAAAAAUGCACUAUUGAAAAAAUGAGGUCUUUUGUUGGUUAGGUUACCGAAUUGGUUAGUUUUGUAUAACCUUGUCGAAGCAGUUGCUAAACGGUUAUCCGGUUAAUUGACAAAAUAACAAAAGACCAACUAU